AUUAUUUAUGAGUUCUAAAAGGACGGAGUUCCUCAAGAAAUUUAAGAAUAAAAUCACUUUGAUCAAGAAAGACGGUCUCCCCGGAGUGAUUCAGAAUUCGAAUCAGCCUAUUCAGAAGAGUAUUAAUUUCUCCUCCUCGAGGAUUAGCUCUUUAAUUCAGAAGAAGUUGGGGAAUAAAAAUGGGUAUAAUGAUAUGAAGCACAGGUUAAGUCAGGAGAACCCAAGCCGUAAUAUUAAAAUUCAGAAGUUUGAAAACAGUGUUGAAACGAAGGAUACAAGUACUAAUCUGACUAUAAAGUCUAAAAUGAUGAUGAGUAAAAAUAGUGGGUAUUCUAUUAAGCAUCAAAAAUCUGAACGAAAGAUGUUUCCUCAGAAAAUUGCAAUGAACAGUAAGCCACCUCCUCUACUCAAAGACGAUCUCAACAUCUCAGUCUACGAAAAUAAUCAAAGUAAUGAUAUCAAAUUUUACGAUGGUAAUGUUCAGAGGGAGACGCCUAGUUUCAAUGAUGUGCGAGCUUAUUUAAAGAAAAUACCUAAGGAGCAAAGAAAUAAUGACAGAAACAAGUCAAUUAAGAUCCAUAACUCCUCAUCUACUGGGAUAACCCCUAUAAAGGCUAAGGAUCGUUCAAUUCUUCCUUAUGCAGAGCAAGGUGAAAAGAGGAGAAGACCCGAGCACGAAAGGCAAUCAUCCCUUCUGACACUUCCUAAGCUAGACGAAUCUGAAGACUUUGCUAAUUACAAGAAGAUCAGGUCAAGAAUGUUAAUGUCUGAACAGAAGAAAUCUCGCAAAGAUAAUUUAUACCUUCGCUUCAGGUCUUCUGAAGAGACCAGCUUAAAAUCUGGUUCUAAAAGUCGGAAGUCCAAGUUGAUUAAGAAGAACAUAAAGUCUGGUGGGAGGAACCUUCGUAAAUCCAAUAUUGACAUCAAGAAUAAAAGCACUCUGUCAGUUGAGCAGUUUAAUCUCAACAUUAAGAAUGUGAGCAAGACAAAAAGAGGAAAGUCCAAUAAUACUGAAACCUCCAAGAAUCAUAUCUAUGAGAAGAAGUUUGGAUACAGUCGGAGAAAUGUGUCUCCUUAUGUUCCGAGUGAUUUAAGAAAUAGCAAUGAGAAAUCUAUGAAACCUCAGAUAGAGAUCUGCUCAUUGGAUGAGCCAAUGAGACUAAAGGGAAGGAACAGAGAAACCUCAGACAACCUUACUGAGUCCUUGCCUAGUAUUAAAGAUCCUAAAAGAUCAUUGAUACUGCCUUACUCCUUAAGAUCGGUUAGCAAGAGGUAUAUAAAGUUCGGUCAGAAUCCUACACGUUGUGACGGGAUUAUCCAUAAAGGAUCCGAAAAUCUCUUAUGUGGGAGUGCAAAGAAGCAGAUCCAGAGUACAGAAAAUGUUAACAGGACCAAGAGUCAUUCUAAACCUCACCCAAAAAAUUUCCUAAUCAUCAAAGAUGAUUUUGAAGAUAUUGAUAGGCUUCUCUUAGGUGAUAAGCGGAGUAAAGACCAGAUAAACUAUUAUGAAAAAAUGACAGAAUCCUAUAAGAUGAAUUCAUCUACAAAUUUAAUGUAAAACAGCCCAAAUUGGGUUCGUAGUUUCAAUA